GCCACCGCUUCGUGUAUUGAUUCGAAAAUUUUCCACUCCCUACAUUCGAGCAAGACGGUGGAGUAUCAUUCAGUACAUAUUCAAUCCUCGUUCAAUAAACAUCUUCAAAGGAUUUUUUUUCUAAAUGAUCUAGAGACUUAACAAAAAAAAGUUACAAUUUUUUGGAGGAGUUUUUUUAGUCGAUAAUUAAGGAAAAUUGUAUCCAAUUUAAAUCGAAACGUUAAAUAAGUUUAACAAGUGAAACCCGUACGGAGAGUUUUUAUACGAACACGUAAAUAGAGUUAGAAAAUUUCGUGAAAUAUUUUCACACAUUGAAUGAAAUAAGUUGAAUAACCAAAAUUCAACUUGGAUAUAAAAAAAAAAUUCUUACCAAUUUUAAUCGAACGACGGAGGAAGCACAGAAGAGGCGUUUUCCAUUUUUUUGUCUUAUAGAAAUAAAAGAAAACACGAAAAUCAAACCAAUGCAUUUAGGUUUUAAACGUGAAAAACAAAGGAAACAACACAUUUUGCAAAAAAAAUGUCUUUACCCCGAGAAUGGAGUGUCCAGGAUUCGCGGGGGUCGUUGUUCCGCUCAUAUGGGACCACCACAACCCAAGAACUUGACACUCCGACUCGACAUCAAUCCGACUGUCCCAUUCAAUUCGAUGAAGCAGAAACGGUCAAAACAGCAUUGGUCGACUGCAACACAGCCGGAUCGAUGUUCUCCAUUCACUCAGCGCCACCAGUUCCGUUGGCCGAUCUCGCAAAUCUACAAAUUACCAAUUCAUUGCUGGAGUUCGAUGUCAGUGGAACCGAUUCACCGAGACGUCCUGCAUCGCUUGCCAUUGAUAGCCAAUUGCAAUGCCAUUCGACGAAAACAAUUGCUGUAUUCCAACAUCAACAUAGUGAAAUCGAAGAAGACGACAAUGAAAACCUGUUAACCGUUAGUAGUUUGACUGCUCGUCCUUUAAUUGCAAAGUCUCGGGAACUUCGAAGUUCAAAGCUUGCCGAGCGAUUUAAACGCAAAAAGAGAACUCCAGCCGAUCCCUUGGACGGUGGAUAUGGCUGGUUUGUUGUGCUGGGAGCAUUCUUCGUGCAAUUCUGGGUAGCCGGAUUAGUGAAGUCCUACGGUGUCUUAUUUGUGGAAAUUUUGGAAACGUUUCCAACGAGUUCAACAGCAGUUGCAUCUUGGAUACCAGCUAUUCUAUCCGCUUUGUGCUUAGCGUUAGCUCCGCUAUCGAGCGCACUAUGCCAAAAAUUCUCUUGUAGAUCAGUCGUCUUCGUUGGAGGACUUUUUUGUACGUUUGGGCUGACUUUAAGUUAUUUUGCAACCAGCUUGUAUCAUUUGCUUUUCACAUUUGGAAUAUUAACUGGUAUCGGAGGUGGUUUGAGUACAACUCCAGGCAUAAUUAUCGUCUCGCUAUACUUUGACAAGCAUCGGGCCCUUGCUAACGGUAUAUGUGUUUCUGGAACAGCAGCAGGUUCAUUCGUAUUUCCUACCUUAAUCGAACAUUUGGUACACAAUUUCGGAUUUCACGGUACAAUUCUGAUAUUGGGUGGAUGUAUGUUGCACGUUUGUGCCUGUGCUGCCUUAUAUCGUCCAUUAGAAACCAUUAGUGAUGGUUCGACAACAUCAAAUUCAUCAAAAUCGCCUGACAAUGGGUCACGUGUAAUUGCGAGCAGUGGAUUGACGACCAAUACAACAUACAUUGGAUCUGUUGACGAGCCGACCAAUAAGAAGUACAUUGAACACUUGUUCUUGGAAGAAUCGAAAAAUCGCAUCAAUGACUAUUAUAAUACGAACAAGUUUGUCGGGGCCAACGAUAAGGCCAUACAAAUCGACAGUGAUGAUGAGGACAAAGAUAUUAUUGGCGAAACAAAAUUCACGAAGCCAAUCAAGUCCAUUCGGAGUUCGAGCUUGCUGCAUUCGGUCGAAGAUUUGAGCACAGAUUCAACAUGCGUGUAUAAGGCCCGGUCUGGUUUUGAUUCGAAUAGAGGCAGCAGACGUCGUAACAAAAACACAUGCAGUACGGAUGAAAUUUUGGCGAAAAUUCCGCCAGCGAAUGCUUUUCAUUCCGCCAUUCAAUCAUCGGCAUGCCGAGGUCUCAGUAAAAGUAUGAUCAUUCCGACGCCGGUUAGCGAUUUUUCGGGCUACGAUGAAUGUGUGAAAAAGAAUAACCGGAAAACGUUCUGCGACUGGAUCAAGCAAUACCUAGAUAUUUCGCUAUUGAAGGACACUAAAUUUAUUGCGAUGUGUCUAUCCGUAACACUAAUGUCAACUGGUUGUCCGUAUAUGCUGUACUUCCUUCCAGCUUAUGCUCUAUCUGCAGACUUCACUAAAAGCGAAGCAGGUCUCUUUGUGGCAACCAGUGCACUACUGGAUCUUAUUGGUCGUCUGGGACUCGGCUACCUAUCUGACUUACAAAUAUUCGAUCGAAAGAAGGCGUACAUUGUUUGUAUACUGGGCGCUGGAACUGCUGUACUGUUGAUUCCUUCAGCUAAAUCGUGGUAUUUAAUGGGUUGUGCAUCAGCAGCUUAUGGACUGUGCUUGGGUUGCUGGUAUUUAUUGAUGCCGGUUCUGCUAGCUGAUCUAUUCGGAACGGAACGGAUAAGUUCUAGCUAUGGACUUGUGCGAUUAUUCCAGAGCAUCGGUGCUAUAUCGGUGCCACCGCUUGCGGGUUUUCUGCGCGAUUUGAGUGGUGGCUACGAGAUUUGUUUCUACUGUAUGGGAACGUGUAUGGUACUCGGUAGUGUACCGCUAUUAAUCUCUUCAGUUCUUCAUGAUAGUAGUGAAACUACUCAAGAAAAUGAGGAAUCAACCGUUUCGUAAUUUAUAAUUGAGUUAAAGUUUGGUCAUUUUUAGGUAGGUUGGCUUUAGGUUUCGCGGACAAAGUUGUGAAUAGUGUUUUCUAAGACCAAGAAAUAUCCUUAAUUGCCUUUAAUUUAUGAGAAGUUAAAGGAUGCCAAAAGAAAUAACAAAUUGGAGGGUUUACUAUCUUGCCAAAAAGCACACUUGUCUCACAAGAAGUACUGAUACAAUACGUACGUUGGACGUCGUAUAGCAUUUGAAUUCUCGUAGUAACGUGAAACAUUUUACCACAGUACCAGCAUAAAAUGACAAUAGUUAUUUACGUACCUGUCUUGGACGAUUAAUUUUAUUUCGUGAGUUGCAAUCCGACGAAGUGAGGCUUCAAGUGAAAGUGCCAACAAUCAAUCAUCCAAGACAAGUACUUAUGUAAUGUUUCACGAAAAAGAACGAAAACUAUAGAAAAAUCCAAAAUUGACCUUUUUUUCGUCUUCGAAGAUAUUAUCCUUCCUCAGACGGGUAUUCAUCUGUAUAAAUAAGCGAUGAAUGUUCAUCAAUUAUAAAACAAAAUGUAAAACUGAUGAAGUAACAGAUUUUGCAUCAAUCUGUUGAAAAUACAAAGCAAAGGAAGUACCAGAUUCGUUAAUUGUGUUGGUAGUAUGCUCACCGUCUGGGAAAGGCAUUAAAAAUUGUGCUAUAAUCGAAACCAAGUGCAUAUUCGGCGUUAAUAAAAAGAAAUAAUGAAGAGCCUGAAAGAAUCUAAUUCAGGACAUGUUGUUACAUGCAAGGCUCAAAUAGUAGCAUAUUAAGGCGGGUGUCAAUAUGACCCUAAGAGAACUCAGUUCCACUGUUAUCGUUUCGGAAUCGGAUCAGUUUCAUUUUUGCAAUUUUUGACAUCUAUGGAUCACACUAAAUGUACACUUUCAUGGAUUCACGACGAGGCCUGUUAUCGUGAAACUAUAUAUUCCCAAAGUUAACAUCUUCAUGUCCGAAAGGAUGAGAAUUUAAAGGAAAAUCAACUGAUUGAUAAAUGAACCCUUGCAACUUACUUCACUGUUCACUGUCGUCGAUAUUUAUUGUAGCUUUCAAAGGCCCUGGAUUUCGGCUUUUUGGACAAAAUUUAACCAUUUUAUUUAAGUAUCUGAUCGAAGCGCAUUUUAGACGGGAUAAUAAUAAAAUUGAUAAUAAAUUCAAGAUAUUAAUAAAUGUCAAUAUUUUUGUAAUGAAAAAAUCGCAAAAAAUGUAAAAAAAAGAACAAAAAACAUAAUUGAAAACUCAGUAUUUUGACAAAAUUUCAUGUUUACACAACGUUCAAGAAAAACCAAUUUAUGAUUUGAAACUAUUCGUAGAGCAUUCCUAUAGCAACAUAUCCCAAAUAUCAUUUCUUGAAUCAUUUUUAUGAGCCACGAGUCUAAUAUCAAAAACCGAGGACAACACAGCAAAUUCAAUUGAUUUGUUGUAAUAUUUAAAACGAUAACGAAUUAUUAGUGUAACAUCAUUCCAAUUUUAAUUGUUUUAGCUUACACACGUUUGUGAUUGUUUAUUUAUUUAAUUCACGUUAGCUGUAAUUUUUGCGCCUAAUUCAACCUAAUUCUUCCUUCCAUAGGGGAAAAUCGGAUUUUUUUUUUCACUGUUUUAUAAUAUUUCUCUUUCUAUUUGUCUUCUCAUUUUAUGUUGAAUAAUCUCAUAAUAAUUUCAUGAGUCAUUCGUCUCUUACAAGGGGAAACCACUGGCCAAAAAGGCAGCCAAUCAAUUUCUAAUUCCUUUCAAUUCCGUUUAAUUACCUCAAUUACCGGAGCAACUCUUCUAAUUGCCGGGUUCGCUCUAUUUCCUUUCAAUUUCUUUCAAUUCCCUUUCAGUUUCUAUUGGUACUUUCUGUCAAUUUCUUUCAAUUCUUGUCAAUUCCAUUUAAUUACCUCAAUUACCGGAUAAAUUCAUCUAAUUGCCGGAUUGACUCUACUUCCUGACAAUUUCUUUCAAUUCACAUUAAUUUCUGUCAAUUCCGUUUAAUUACCGGUUUUUCCGGCGAUUCCGAGCAGGGUGUGUUAUCAAUUACCCGAGCGGUUUCCCCCUCGGUCUCUUACAGGGUCUAUUGUUGAUAAUUUUAUUUACUGAAAAUAACCGAGUUUUACCUAAAUUUAUUGAAAUUUACCGAAAAAUUAAAAAUUUUUAAAAACAGAUUCAGUAAAUUUUUGGUAAAUUUCGGUAGCUUUACGUAAUUUUAGUUAAUAAAAUAACCCUGCCCUUAUCGACAAAAAUGAUGUUUGGGUUAAAACAAAUAUAAAUCCACCUGGCCAAAAAAUGAAGAUUCUGUCCACUAAAAUUCCAGAGCACAGAGUGUUCACAUUCUGUUUACAAAAGCAAUUCAGGUGUACAGAGUGUUCACAAUCUGUACACGGAAAAAGUCAGGCAUAGACACCAACAACGUGUGAACAAAUAAUAUGCAGUUCGAGUACAGAUGUGAACUAUUUUGUGGAUGUGCACGAACUGUGAAUUUUUUACAGUUUGUUAAUAUUUUGUGAACAGACAUCGAUUCUAAUUUAUCGUUUUACCCGAAGGCAAAGUAAAGAAAGUACUUUCAACAGUAGUAAAAGAAACAGAUUACAAUCUAUCGCGAUCAAACGUCAAAAAACAAUGCUUCGACGAACCAAAAUACAAUGCAUUCGCAAUCUCUUUAAUGCUUAUAACAAUCGAUUUGCUAUAAAAUCUUAAAGGAACUGCAUUUAAAUGGUAGGAGUUUUAGUGUAUUUAACAUUCUCUCUCAUCACAAACAGAACUUUUUCAUUUAAUUCACAAGAAUGUCCUCACGAAACCCUACGAUGGUCUAAAGAUAUUUUUUUGAAAAGAUUAGACGGAUAGCUGAGUCAUCUGUUAUACACAGCGAAGACGCAAACACGAUGAGUUCUGCCUAACACGGUCUUUCAUAGAUAAUCGAAUGUUAAAGCCAAUGAAGUACAAGAUUCAUUAAUUACUUGAAAAUAUAUUAGGUCAAACAAAGUAAUAGACCAAUGACUCCUCUCUUUUUCUUUUGCUAUGAAACUGGGCUGGCUAAGUUAUUUUCUGAUAAAAUGAAUAUCUCCAAUUAACUUGUGACUUUUUGUUUCCAUCUUUCUGACAAAAUUUCAAAUUGUUACAUUUUCAAAGUAAGGUA